AUGAGGGCAGCGUGGAAUCUGGCGCAGGCGGUGAAGUUCAGGGCGAUCGGGGAGAACCUCUUUACUCUACAGGCGUCAUCCCUGGGAGAUUGGGAGAGAAUUGUGGACAAUGGCCCCUGGUUAUUUUGUAAUUGGGCAGUGAUUAUUGAGCCUUAUGAUGGCCUCUCGAGGGCAGAGGAGAAGGAGCUUUUCCACAUGAAGAUAUGGAUUCAGAUCCAUGAACUACCUGAGGGAUACUAUAGGUUCAAGAUCAUAACCCAGCUCGUCGAGCGUGCGGGUCUGGAAGUGAUAACGGUGAAAACGGAGGGCAUCAGAGGGAACUAUGUCAGGGUUAGGGUGAGAUAUGAUGUUCGAAAGCCACUGGCAAGAUGUGUCUCAAUUAUUAGACAAACUCAACGCCAGCUAUUUGUCGUGAGAUAUGAGAAGCUUGCUUUUUCCUAUGAGGCCUGUGGGAAGCUGGGUCAUGGCUUCAAAGAAUGUGGUUGUGGUGUUUAUGAAGAAAAAUAG